AGAUCAGAUUUAUUGAAUGCAGGGUUCAGGGAGAGCAGAUAUAGUGAAUGCAGGGUCCAGGGAGAUCAGGUAUAUUGAAUGCAGGGUCCAGGAAGAUCACAUUUAUUGAAUUCAGGGUCCAGGGGAGAGCAGAUAUAGUGAAUGCAGGGUCCGGGGAGAGAGCAGAUAUAGUGAAUGCAGGGUCCGUUGAGACCAGAUAUAUUGAAUGCAGGGUCCGGGGAGACCGGAUUUAGUGAAUGCAGGGUCUGGGGAGAGAGGAUAUAGUGAAUGCAGGGUACGGGGAGAGCGGAUAUAGUGAAUGCAGGGGUCCGGGGAGAUCAGAUAUAGUGAAUGCGGGGUCCGGGGAGAGCGGAUAUAGUGAAUGCGGGGUUCGGGGAGACCGGAUAUAGUGAAUGCAGGGUCCGGGGAGAGCGGAUAUAGUGAAUGCAGGGUUCGGGGAGACAGCA